CUACAGCUGGCUACCUGGGCACCACGCGGGAACGCGUUGGUCUACGUGCACCUGAAUAACAUCUAUUACAGACCGGAAGCGGAAGUGGCCGUCGACUAUCAAAUCACCAACACCGGCGUGUUCGGGACCAUUUAUAAUGGUGUGCCGGACUGGGUGUACGAAGAGGAGGUGUUCGGCUCGAACAAGGCUUUAUGGUUCUCGCCGAGCGGCACUAAACUGGCCUUCGGUUACUUCGACGACACCCAUACACCGAUCAUAACGAUACCGUUUUACGGUUACCCGGGAAGCAUCACGUUCCAGUACACGUCCGCGAUCUCGAUCCAUUAUCCGAAGAGCGGCACAACCAAUCCCACGGUGAAGCUGUUUUACGUCGACUUGGAGAGGGUGGUCGAAGGUAACGUGAGCUUAACUGAAAUCGAACAUCCGGCCGAGUUAUCCUCCACGGAGCGGAUUUUAUCAGCCGUCGCUUUUCCUACGGACAAUCUCGUGUACGCGACCUGGAUGAACAGAGUACAGAACAGGGCGUACUUCCAUUUCUGUUACGUCGACGGUCCCGUACCGAAUUGCACGAACGCUCUGUCGUACUUCGAGGAACACGGAUGGGUCGAGCAGUUCGAGCCGCCGGUGUUCAGCGACGACGGGAAUUCGUUCCUGACGAUUCUGCCCGAGAAACAACGGAACGGCAGCCACUGGCGGCAUGUAGUUGCAAUUACGAAUGCAUCAUCGGGCAAGCCGGUACGCGCCGCGCUAACUUCCGGCUAUUUCGUCGUCACCGAGAUAGUUUCUUGGGAUCAGGAGAACUCGUACCUAUACUACCUGGCCACGACAGAGGGCGAGUCCGCGGUGCAGCAUCUGUACCGGAUAUCCGUGCGUGGCGAGGACCGCAAACCGACCUGCCUCAGCUGCACAGCGGUCCGAGAAAUGGACAGUAACCGGUGCCUCUACAACACGGCCAAGUUUUCCACCGAUCAUUCGCAUUACGUGCUCACUUGCGCCGGCCCCGGGGUGCCUGACAUCGCCAUUUACAACAGGAACUCGAACAAGCUGUUUGCGUGGGAGAACAACGAGGCAGUUUCGGAGAUCAUCGUCGAGAAAUCGCAGCCGAUCGUGCGCCGUUACAAUGUCCCGGUGCCCGGUGGGUUCAAAGCACGGGUUCGACUACUGAUCCCGCCCGAUGCUGACCUAAGCGGUGCCACGAAAUACCCGAUGCUGAUCUACGUUUACGGUGGUCCAGACUCGUACCAAGUCACGGAGAAAUUCAACGUCGACUGGGGCACGUAUCUCGUGACAAACAAGAGCAUCAUCUACGCGACCAUCGACGGCAGGGGUUCCGGUUUAAUGGACAACGGGAUGCUGUUCGCCGGAUACCGGAAUCUCGGCACCGUCGAGAUCGCUGAUCAGAUCAACGUUACCAGAUAUUUACAAGACACUCUGCCGUACAUUGACCGCACUAGGACAGCGAUAUGGGGCUGGAGUUACGGUGGAUACGCGACAGGCAUGACGCUCGCCAUGGAUUAUCGCGGUGUCUUCAAGUGUGGCAUGUCCGUGGCACCUGUAACAGAUUGGGCUCUUUACGAUUCAAUUUACACGGAACGGUUCAUGGGUUUGCCGACGGUCGAGGACAAUCUCCAUGGCUACGAGCAGAGUCAACUUUUGAACAAAGUAGACAACAUUAAAACGAAGAUGUACUACUUGAUUCAUGGAACUUUGGACGACAACGUGCACUAUCAGCAAUCUCUGCUGCUUGCCAAGGUCCUCGAGCAGAAGGAUAUUCUAUUCCGACAACAGACAUACACGGACGAGGAUCACGGAAUCGCGCAGUCGAGAGCGCACCUGUACCAUUCCCUGGAGAACUUUUUGGACGAGUGUUUCGAAGCUUCAUGAUCGCAGCAUAGAUGUGAAACGACAAUCUAGAUCCUCCGCGUGUCACCUGCCUCACAUUCCACCUGUAAAUACCUUGUCACUUGUACAUACUCGAUGUACAAUAUGUAAUAUGAGAUGUUAGUGUAUAUAAUUGACGGUGAAACGAAAUAGGUACACUCGAUGUAAACAAUCCGAAAGAGAAUGUUCCCUCAAUUCCUCGUGCUUCCUGAAGAACGGAGAGAUAAGAAAGAUCGAAAAUCUGAUGAUCAUAACUUCAUUUUAAUCGUUUUCUUUUGUUAUUCAUAGAACGUAUAACGGCAUUGGAUUUAAACCACCGUUUUUGACUGAAAUGUAUAUGAUUCUUCCACGUGCUACAGUUAGAAUUGAAUUAAACGGAUAUUCGUUGUAACAUCCACGGGGUUCCCCGUUAAUUGAUCUACCAAAUGGCUCCAUCUCUCACUUUAUCGUGCAAACCUUUAGAUGUAUUCUCGACCGAUCAAACAAAGUGAUAAACCACUACAUACACCCAUCCUGAAUUAGAAAUCGGACACAAUACAAGUGAUCCUGAACAGUCAAUCAAUUUCUUUCCAAUUGUACCACAAGUUUAUAUCGUGUUG